AUGAUCUCCAUAUCUUCGAUCUCUGUUGGCUCUAAUAUUUUCUUUUCUUUUGCCCUUUUGGCAAUCUCAAUCCUUGUCUUACUCCUUCUACGGCGUUUCCUAACCUUGCGAGCUACUCCAGCCUACCUCACGAUUCCCGUGUUUCUUGCUCUCGCCCUCCCCGCUAGCGUAGUACUCCUGGUUCCGAUUGAUCUAGCAUCGAGCUCUCGUGAUGGGGGCGGACCCAAGGCCAUCUGGUUGCCUGACCGUUUGAUCCUGGUAUCCUGGCGCAUUGCCUACUGGCUAAUCUUUGUGCUUACCUGGGCUAUUCUUCCAUUGCUUGGUGAAUAUGUCGACUCGGGCUACCGUGAGCCGAAAGGUCGCAUUGCGUACUCCCUCCGCUCCAAUGCCCGAUAUCAACUUAUCGUGUUGUGCUGUGCGAUUGUGGGAUUAAUCUACAUAUCAAUUCAAAAUGGGUUCGAGUUUACGUCGAUAAAGUCACUAGUUAUGGCUCUCGCAUACGUAUGGGGUCUUGUCCUUGCGAUCUAUCUGAUGGGUCAUGGCCUUGUUUCUAUACCUCGUACUCUAUUCCGCAAUGCCAACGUGAGCGGUCGGCUGCGCAGAAUCCAAGCACAUGCGCCCCGGUUGCACGACCGUCUGAUGGAUGCGAUCACCGACCUCGAGAGUCUCGAAUCGCAAGUUUCUCAGCUACAACGACGCAAGACUGGCAGUGCUCUGGAGUUCAAAGACUGGAUCGAAGACCUGGCUGAGACAUCUAAUUCCUCCGAGCAACGGACCGCACUUCUUGAACCUUCCGACGUGUCGACUACUAUCCCAUCAGUCAUUACAGAGCGCUAUAUGGCAGAUCUUACGAGAAGACUCCAGCGCGCUCGGCAUCUAAAGGCCCGCUUUAUCGAUGAGUGGGAUCGUUUAGUGCUGACUGCCGCCGAUUUGCAAGCCAUCAUCAACUCAUCUGCAUCGAAGAAGCUCGAGUUUGGCCACGCCCCCCAUCGCGCAACGUUCUUUACACGUCAGAAGAUUCUGAGUCCAUACAUGCGACAUCAUCUUUACGUCCACAUCAUCCCGAGUGUCCGGUUGCUUUUCGGCGUGAUUUUUGCGGCUGCAUCUGUGUGCGUUGUUUGGUCGGAAUUGAUUAAGUCAUUGGCUCCCCGGUUGUCAGUUGUGACUCUCUCCAUAGUCUCCUAUCACAAAGAUCCAGCACCCGUAGGGUUCGGAAGACAAGUGACCGCCUCUGCUUGGUUGCUGUACAUGUGCUGGGCUGCGUUAGUUGGUGUCAACGAUGCUAAGGUGUGGGGCAAUCGCGCUUUGGUUCGCCGCAACACGUACGGCGAAAGCGCUUGCUGGUACGCGGGGCUCGUCGCUAGGCUUACUGUGCCGAUCGCAUACAACUUCGUAACAUUCUUACCGAUGAGUGCCAGGGAGAACACCACGUUUUACCGUUUCCUCGGGCGGUCUAUUGAUUUGACACCGCUUGGUAAGGGGUUCGAUUAUUUCUUUCCCAUAUUCAUUCUCGCGCCGGUCUGUGCUACCCUUUUCAAUCUCUAUGGCCGGGUGAAGAAUAUCUGCGGGUUUGGCCUCUUAGAAGAGGAGGACGAAGACUUGGAAAAUAACCCUAGUGGCUAUGGUUUAGGUGGCUGGCGCGAAGGUCGUGAUUUGAUCGAGCGGGAGCUCACCGGUCUUGGAUCCCUAUCGCUUUCUGCCCGUGAUCGAUCUCCUCAGCCUUCCAGCCGGGUUGAAGAAGGCACCAAUGCCUUUUCUUCGUCGCGGACUCCUCGGGGUGAGGCUACCCGACCUUCACGGCCAUCCCGUGGGGCCGCCACAGCCUCCACUGUAGUGACAGAGGAAGAGGAUGACGAAAACUUUUUCCAAUCAUUUGCUCACCGGGUGAAAAAUACGUUUGAAACCGCCAGUACACCUCAAUGGUUACAGGGCGACUCGUUCCGACUUCCAAGGUGGAUGGGAAGCGAUGGCAACGACGGCAACAACGGGCUCGCUAGAUGGUUUGGUGGUCGACCAGCGCCUGGCGGGGUGAGGCUGUGA